CUGCGCGAAGGGCUGCGUGGCGCGGUGGCGGGGAAGGGCGGUGUGCAGUGAGUGGCGCUGCGGGUGGGGCCGUCGGCGGCGCUGGUGAGGGAGCGCCGAGCGGUCGCCGCAGCCUCCGCCGCCGUGAAGCCCUUGUUCCCGCUGCCGGGAAGGAGCGUCUGGUGCCGACAAGAUGGCGGACGGGGAGCUGAACGUGGACAGUCUCAUCACCCGACUGCUGGAGGUACGAGGAUGUCGUCCAGGAAAGAUUGUGCAGAUGACUGAAGCAGAAGUUCGGGGCUUAUGUAUCAAGUCUCGGGAGAUCUUUCUCAGCCAGCCUAUUCUUUUGGAGUUGGAAGCGCCGCUGAAAAUUUGUGGAGAUAUUCAUGGACAGUAUACAGAUUUACUGCGAUUAUUUGAAUAUGGAGGUUUCCCCCCAGAAGCCAACUAUCUUUUCUUAGGAGAUUAUGUGGACAGAGGAAAGCAGUCUUUGGAAACCAUUUGUUUGCUAUUGGCUUAUAAAAUUAAAUAUCCAGAGAACUUCUUUCUGUUAAGAGGAAACCAUGAGUGUGCUAGCAUCAAUCGCAUUUAUGGGUUCUAUGAUGAAUGCAAACGAAGGUUUAAUAUUAAAUUGUGGAAGACCUUCACUGAUUGUUUUAAUUGUCUGCCUAUAGCUGCCAUUGUGGAUGAGAAGAUUUUUUGUUGUCAUGGAGGACUAUCACCAGACCUGCAAUCUAUGGAGCAGAUUCGGAGAAUUAUGAGACCCACUGAUGUCCCUGAUACAGGUUUGCUCUGUGAUUUGCUGUGGUCUGACCCAGAUAAGGAUGUGCAAGGCUGGGGAGAAAAUGAUCGUGGUGUUUCCUUCACUUUUGGAGCUGAUGUAGUCAGUAAAUUUCUGAAUCGUCAUGAUUUAGACUUGAUUUGUCGAGCUCAUCAGGUGGUAGAAGAUGGAUAUGAAUUUUUUGCUAAACGACAAUUGGUAACCCUAUUUUCAGCUCCAAAUUACUGUGGCGAGUUUGAUAAUGCUGGUGGAAUGAUGAGUGUGGAUGAAACUUUGAUGUGUUCGUUUCAGAUAUUGAAACCAUCUGAAAAGAAAGCUAAGUACCAGUAUGGUGGACUGAAUUCAGGACGUCCUGUCACUCCACCUCGAACAGCUAAUCCACCGAAGAAAAGGUGAAGAAAGGAAUUCUGUAAAGAAUCCAUCAGAUUUGUUAAGGACAUACUUCAUAAUAUAUAAGUGUGCACUGUAAAACCAUCCAGCCAUUUGACACCCUUUAUGAUGUCACACCUUUAACUUAAGGAGACGGGUAAAGGAUCUUAAAUUUUUUCUAAUAGAAAGAUGUGCUACACUGUAUUGUAAUAAGUAUACUCUGUUAUAAUAUUCAGCAAAGUUAAAUCCAAAUUCAAAAUUACCCAUUAAAGUUACAUCUUCACGUAUCACAGUUUUUAAAGUUGAGAAGCAUCCCAGUUAAACUAGAUGUGAUAGUUAAACCAGAUGAAAGCAUGAUGAUCCAUCUGUGUAAUGUGGUUUUAGUGUUGCUUGGUUGUUUAAUUAUUUUGGGCUUGUUUUGUUUUGUUUUGUUCUGUUUUUGCUAGAAUAAUGGCAAAUAUUUUAAAUUUUUUUUCCCUGAACAUUUUUACAAGUGAAAUGUGGGAAGAGCUUUAAAGACAUUCACCAACUAUCAUUUUCCCUUGCUUAUUUACUUAUGUACCUGUUUGAUCUUACUAAGAAAACUUACGCCUUAUUACAGUAAAAAGGAAUUUUAGAGAUUGAUAUUUUUUAAAAAAUAGGCAAACUAUCCAAUCCAGUGAUUGAAUCAAACAGUUUGACUGGGCAAACUUUACAGCUGAUAGUGAAUAUUUUGCUUUAUACAGAAAUUGCCACUGAUUUGGAUUUGUGCACUCUAAUUUUUAACUUAUUGAUGCUCUAUUGUGCAGUAGCAUUUCAUUUAACUUUAAGAUAAGGCUCAUAUAGUGUUACCCAACUAGUUGGUAAUGUGAUUAUGUGGUACCUUGGCUUUAGGUUUUAAUUCGCACGAAACACCUUUUGGCAUGCUUAACUUUCUGGUAACACCCUCACCUGCAUUGGUUUUGGUUUUUUUUGGGGGGGGGGGGGGGGGUUUGGUUUUUUUUUUUUUUUUUUUGGGUUUUUUGUUGUUGUUCUUGUUGCUAUUUGUUUUUAGAUCCACAGAACAUGAGAAUCCUUUUUUGACAAGCCUUGGAAAGCUGACACUAUCUGUUUUUUCCUCCCUCUGUACGAAGGAUGUAUUUAAAUGAAUGCUGGUCAGUGGGACAUUUUGUCAACUAUGGUUAUUGGGUGCUUAACUGUCUAAUAUUGCCAUGUGAAUGUUGUAUACGAUUGUAAGGCUUAUGUCACUAAAGAUUUUUAUUCUGAUUUUUCAUGAUCAAAGUUCAUACAAUAUUGUAUAGACAUGCUUUGUAGUGAACUAUAGUAGCAAUAAUUUCUGUACAUGAUCAAGGGUUUAUUGCAGCAUUUCUUUUCCUGUUCUCUUUUUUUAAAGGGUUAGUAUUAACAAAUGACAAGGAGUAGAAAAGUCAACAUAAAGAUUUUAGAAGGAGAACUUAACAGGACACAGAUUUGUGAUUCUUUGGAUGCGACCCUUUUGGAUGUGAUUCUAAAAGCUUUUAUUGAGUAUUGUCAAAUUUGUAAGCUUCAUAGGGAUGGACAUCAUAUUUAUAAUGCCCUUCUUCUGUAUGUGCUACCAUUGAUGUGAAAUUCUUGACCUUAAUAUUGUCUUUGAAAAUGUUCAAUUGAGAAUUCUGUUAACUUACAUUUUAUGAAUUGGCGUAUUGUAUUACUGCAAGAGAUUUGAUUUUCAGCACAGUGCAAAGUUCUUUCAAAUGCAUAUGUCUUUUUUUCUAAUUCCAUUUUGUUUUAAAGCACAUUUUAAAUGUAGUUUUCUCAUUUAGUAAAAGUUGUCUAAUUGAUAUGAA